CUCAUUGUGUAUCAUGAGAGACAGAAAAAAACAAAAAACAUUUACUGUAUGUAUCAGGGCCAGUGCCUAACAGACAAGUUGUAUCUCACUGAUAAAAUCAAACAUGGAAUUCUCAGAGGUCACCGCAAUGAUGCCUUCCCCAGAGCCUUACCACUGUCCUUCUCAUCUGGAGACCUUGACCAGGAUGGAUCAAUUGUUUAUCUUCAAAGAAGAAACUUUUGAAGAAUGUCUUGCAGAAGCUUGCUGUGGAAUAAUGCCUAUGAAGAGAUAUAAUGUGAAGGAUAACACUGGGAACAAGGUUUUCAGUGUUGUCGAGGACAGUGAGUGUUGUGAAAGGCAAUGCUUUGGUAGUGGAAGUUCCUUCAUAAUGAACGUUACUGACCUUUCGAAUCAAGAGGUAAUCAGACUGGUGCACCCAUUUGUUUGCUGCACCCAAGAGCUGGAAGUUCAGUCUCCACCAGGCACUGCCAUUGGAUAUGUGCGACAAAACUUGAAUGUUUGCCUGCCUAAAUUCACUGUUGAGAAUGAACGAGGUGAACCAGCAUUUAAGAUUGAGGGGCCAUGUAUAGUUUGUACCUGCUGCACAGAUGAAAACUUUGAGCUGGUGUCAUUGGAUGGGGCAGUGAUAGACAGAUCAUUUGGCAAGAUCUUCAAACCUUUCUCAUAUAGUGGACCAAAUGCAGGUGCAGAUUUUGUGUUGAGGUUUCCAAGCAACCUGGAUGUCAAAAUGAAAGCUGCUGUACUGGGAGCCUGCAUGCUUAUUGACUGGAUGUAUUAUCAAAAGAGAAAAUAAAGGGAAACUGUGAGUGGCAGCCUUUCUAUUUUGGCAGAAGAAAAGAUGUAAUACAUAUAUCCGACUGCUUGCUAAAACAUCCUCCAGUAAAGGCUGAAGUGUGAAGAAUAUAGUUGCAUUUGACCAACUGAUUUUUUUUGUAUUGCAUUUCUAAAGAAAAAUAAAUAAAUAAAUAAACAUAGAUACAUACUUUCAUUGCAAAUGCUGU